AUGGCCAGCUUCGCUGCUCAGCUCAAGGACAGGUUCCUCGGCCUCGUCGACCGCGUCACCGGCUGGGGCGGCUGCGGCACCGGCGCCGGCAGAGACAAGGAUGUGCCAGAGGCCACCAACGUGCCAAAUGUCCAGCAGGUCCUGCUCCAGAAUCAUCUCGCCUCCCAGUUUCUUGUCGAUUGUUAUUGGUACAAAAGGUUUUGCUUAGGUUACUGA